AUGACAUGCAGUCCUAAAUACUCAACUGGGCCGGACCGGGAUUACCGUGACAAGGCAGAAAAUAUACAUUACGUCUCGAUUGUACCACGUGAUUGGCGGUAUUUUUACGCAGAAGGAUACCUAACAGUACAGUAAUCAUUUCGAGAUACUAACCACACAGAGUGAAACAAAAUCAAACGGGUCAACACAGACUGGAGUGAGGGUAGAGGUGGCAAGAUGCCCCCCGUGACUGGUAAUGGGGGUCUGAAGGAGACCAUCAGUGACUAUGUCUCCAACAACAAGGUGAUGAUCUUCAGCAAGACUACCUGUCCAUUUUGUAAAAAGGUGAAGGAGUUGUUUAAAUCUCUGAAGGUCAAUUUUGAAGUUCUGGAGUUGGACAAGCAAGGUAAUGGAAGUGAUAUCCAGAAUGCCUUGUUAGAGAUUACCGGUCAGCGGACAGUUCCGAAUGUAUUUGUGGCUGGACAGCAUCUCGGUGGAUGUGAUGACACACUAAAGGCAAACAAGGAAGGAAGACUUCAGCAAAUGUUAAAUAUGACUUCUUACGACUACGAUCUAAUAGUUAUUGGGGGUGGAUCUGGGGGUUUGGCAGCCUCUAAGGAAGCAGCUAGUCUGGGAAAGAAGGUGGCAGUGUUUGAUUUUGUCAAGCCCACUCCAAUAGGAACCACCUGGGGUCUAGGUGGAACUUGUGUCAAUGUCGGGUGUAUACCCAAAAAACUGAUGCACCAGGCCGCUCUGCUGGGUCAAGAUUUGAAGGAUGCCAGGAAUUUUGGAUGGGAAUUCCCAGAGAAGGUUGAACAUAAUUGGACAACCAUGAAGGAUGCUAUUCAGGAUUACAUUGGUUCCCUAAACUGGGGGUACCGAGUCCAGCUGAGGGACAAAAAGGUGGAAUACCACAACGCUUAUGCAGAGUUCACAGAUGAACACACAAUCAAGGCUGUAAACAAGAAGGGUCAGGAGAUCAAGAAAACAGCAAACCAUUUCAUUCUGGCAACUGGUGAGCGUCCGCGAUACCCAGACAUCCCUGGGGCUAAGGAGUACGGAAUCACCAGUGAUGAUCUGUUCUCCCUGCCAUACUGCCCCGGGAAAACUCUGCUGAUCGGUGCCUCCUACAUCUCCCUGGAGUGUGGGGGCUUCCUCCAUGCGAUGGGCCUGAAUGUCACCAUCAUGGUGCGGUCCAUCCUUUUGCGAGGAUUUGACCAGCAGAUUGCUGAGAAGAUUGGCGAUUACAUGGAAUUGGAAGGGAUCAAAUUCGUUCGACCUUGUGUCCCUACCAAGAUUGAGAAGUUGGAGGAUGGGCAGCCCGGUAAAUACAAAGUGACUGGAAAGUAUGAGGAUGGCCAGGAGUUUGUGGACGAAUUUAAUACUGUGAUAUUUGCUAUUGGAAGGGACCCAUGUACCUCCAGUAUCGGUCUGGACAAAGUAGGGGUCAAAACAAACAAGAAUGGUUUCGUACCCGUGGAUGAAGAAGAAAACACGAAUGUCUCCAACAUAUAUGCAGUCGGGGACAUUUGUGAGGGGAAACCAGAGCUGACCCCUGUGGCAAUACAGGCCGGGAGACUCCUGGCCAACAGACUCUAUGGGCUGAGUAGUACACUGACUGACUACAUCAAUGUGGCCACCACAGUCUUCAGUCCCCUGGAGUAUGGCUGUAUAGGCUACUCCGAGGAGGACGCCAUCAAGAAGUUUGGGGAAGACAAGUUAGAGGUGUACCAUACUAACUACUGGCCUCUGGAAUGGACUGUUGCCAAACGAUCGGAGAAUUCCUGUUAUGCUAAAAUUAUUUGCCUGAUUCCUGAAAAGGAAAAGGUAAUAGGCUUCCACGUACUAGGCCCCAAUGCAGGGGAGAUAACCCAAGGGUAUGCAGUGGCGAUGAGGCUUGGUGCUACAAAGGCUGACUUUGAUGCAACCAUCGGCAUCCAUCCUACCUGCUCAGAGACUUUUACUACUAUGAAUGUGACCAAGAGAAGUGGUAUGGACACUCAACAAUCGGGCUGCUGAGGUUAAACCCUGCCGCUGGACCAGCAAGCUCUAACAUUUACCCCCAGGCCAAACUGUAGACUGUAAACCCCAACUCAGAUAUUUCAUCACCUGCUUCUACAAACUGCAAUUAUAUAGUGAAGAAAGCUGUUCUAGAUUUAUCAUCAGGACGUAUUGGAUAAUUCACAUAAUCGUGAAAUAAAAUUUUGUAUUUAUGAAAUUGGGAUAGUUAUGAAUCAUAAAUUGCUUUUAUCAUUGGUGUUGCUAUGAUGUCAUUGAUAUUAUUUGUAUUGAUUUAUAAUCGAUUUAUUUUAAUACUGGAGUAGUUAAUGAAAUCAGUGAUGUAUUUGUUACAAAUGUGGCUUUUGCUAUUUUUAGAAGAUACUCUAUAUUUAAAGAAGUGCACUUCUGCACAGCUUUUUCAUACAUGAGAAUUUUUGCACCUAAUUUAUGGAUUAUUUCUACUGUAAUUUUUAUGAACUUUAUGUUUUGUAUACUGAAAAAUUUGAUCAGAAAGUGAUCUUGUGAAACUUAAAUUCUAUUGUAAUAUAUAGGAAUCAGUUUUAAUGUUUGUUCCUAGAGAUGUAUUUUCAUUUCUGUAUGAAAAAUCCUCUGAAACUGAAGGACCUUAAUAUUUCAUGAACACUACAUUACUUAUAUACUGGACACAUGCAGUUCAUUGUUAAUAUUUUGUGACAUGAUGCAGUGAUCUUCAAUAUUUUUCGUGAUUGGGGCAUGAUGUUGGAGCUUUCCGCGGCAGGGAAACAUUUCCACUGGAUUCCAUAGUAACCGUCUGUAGCACAUGUUAAGUGUUCUAUAUGAUGGACACGCCCAUCAACCUCAAAAUGAGGCAGGGUGUGACCUGAUUUGACUGUUGUAAUGGAAUCCCAGAAGUAUAUAUAUUAUAAUUCCAAAACUUUCUUUUUGAGUAAAACAAUGUUUGUUUUACAACACCUUUUGAAUAAAACUGUUACCAACGUU